AUGGCGCAAGAGACAGGCUCUCUAUCCACUACGCCAAUCGAGUCAUCAAACAUAAACAGUGAGCUCGGCCCCUUUCACAAGUCGCCGGAGCAAAAUCCACAUCAAACGCUCGUCGCCGCCAUGUUUAACUUCAUGAAGAAGUCCACGGUCCUCGCCCACGACUCGGGCGGCUGCGAGGAGCGCGACGGCGACAAGGACAGGAGGAAGAAGGAGAAGAAAGAACGGAAGGAGAGGGAGAAGCGGGAGAGGAUAGCCGCUGGACUUGAGGAGCCGCUGCGCUUGGAAGAGGUUCGACGAUCACUCAAAUUACGGGGUAGGCGAAAGGAGAAGGAGAAAUUGCCCUCCGGCAUCACAGCCGAUUACACUGCAUCGCUGUUCGCCCACCUCGAGCAUGACUCGAACUACUCCAGCUAUCAGGUCAUUUCGACAUCGGGCUCUAAUUCUAACCUCAGCGACGAGAAUAACCACCUCUCGCCCGGAUAUCCGACACCGCAUAACAACUGGAACAAGAAAGAGGCUGUCCUACAAUCCGACAGUUCGGAGACGUCGCUGAACUCGCUGAACAAUCCGAACAACGCAAACAGCAGUCCGCGGAAGGCGCAGAAUCUACCUCCGAUACCGCCGCGCCCACCGAAACGUGGCAUCCUUAAAGGGCCCCGUCUUAGCAACACCAGCUCCAACUCCCAAGAGAGCAGCGUGCCCAAUACCGACACAGUCGACUUCGUUAACGGCCAGGACACGAACGUAGUGGCGAGGAAUACGCAACAGAACGAAGUGAUCUCAUACGGCAUCCCACCGUCUAAGAGCACCUCCUCCAGUGACGACAUGCAGCAAAUACAGAACUUCACCAAAAAAGUGAUCCACAGUCCAGUCGAAAGUCAAUAUAAGAACUAUAAGAACAACUCCAACCCCACAAUUACCACUCAGGACGUGGACGAAGUACCAAAGACAAAUGGGAACUGCUACCUCGGCGUGACCUCGACGUCGCCAAGCGCGGAUUCCCUGACGGACACCACCACGAACUCGUCGUUUGCCACCCCGCCGUUCUCCACUUCGCCCGUGGGCGAAUCUCAGGGAUUCCACCGUUGGUCCCGGACGAGCACUUUCGACGACGUGUACUUACCGCUUCCCGCACUAAAGCCUUUGCAGUUGCCUAAACCUAGAACACUAACCAUACAGAGGCAGAAAGCACCGCGCAACGACUUCGGCUUUAGCCUUCGACGUGCUAUGGUCCAAGAGAGAGUAUUCAUCGGUGAUCUGAAAGAACUGAGUGUUCACGAAGAAAACGGUCUCACAAAUGGCGACAGCAAAUGCAACGGCAACGUCAUGAUUAUCUCCAAGCUAACACACAAGGCUGUCAUUCUCGCCGAGCCCGGCUCUUACCCCGGGGCGAGCGAGACGGGUCUGCUUCCUGGUGACAGGCUCAUCGAGGUGAACGGGGUGAAUGUCGAAGGGAAAAGCAGAGAAGAAGUUAUCGACCUGAUCAAGGGGAGCCAGGAUUCCGUUACCAUAAAGGUGCAACCCAUCGCGGAGCUGUCAGAGUUGUCGCGGCGACGGGCCGCCGAUGGUGUGGUGGUGGAAUUGUCCGAUGGUGUGGUGGUGGAAUUGUCCGAUAGCAACGUGAGGGGUGGCACCCUCAGCCGCUCUGGGAGUCGUCGUUUCAACACCACUCAGGUGGACUUUGUGGGCAUCGGAUUUUUUACGCGCGAAUCG